CAAAAACUAUCAGAAAAGGUCCAUCAAAAUCUACUGUACUGUCACCGCGCAUGCCCAGUUCAUUGCUAAGGAAGAAAGGAAGAUGUCUCUGGCGAGCUUUUUACCGGCGCCGACCCAGCUGUCCCAGGAUCAGUUGGAGGCAGAGGAGAAGAUCCGGGCUCAGAGAUCCUACUCCACCGCCCUGGUUUCGUCCCGCAGAGAGCCACCACCUUAUGGACAAAGAAGAGGUUGGGUGCCUCGCUCACUUGAGGACUUUGGAGAUGGAGGAGCUUUUCCAGAGAUCCACGUGGUCCAGUUUCCUGUGGAGAUGGGCAGGAAGAAGAAGACAUCCAAUGCCCUGGCGGUGCAGGUGGAUGCAGAAGGAAAGAUUAAAUAUGAUGCCAUCGCUAGACAAGGACAGGGGAAGGAUAAGGUGAUCUUCAGUAAGUACACAGACCUACUUCCAAAGGACGUUCUGAAUGAAGAGACUAAAGAGCUACAGAGGCCGGAUGAAGAGGCUGUAAAAGAACUUACAGAGAAAACUCGCGCUGCCCUGGACAAGCAGGUGUCUCAAAAGAUUGCUGCUGCCAUGCCUGUAAGAGCUGCAGACAAACAAGCUCCUGCACAGUACAUCAGAUACACCCCAUCCCAGCAGGGAGUGGCUUUUAACUCAGGGGCCAAACAGAGAGUGAUCCGCAUGGUGGAAAUGCAGAAAGACCCUAUGGAGCCUCCACGUUUUAAGAUUAACAAGAAGAUUCCUCGAGGACCUCCUUCUCCUCCUGCGCCUGUCAUGCAUUCUCCAAGCAGAAAGAUGACAGUCAAGGAGCAGCAAGAGUGGAAGAUUCCUCCCUGCAUCUCCAACUGGAAGAACGCUAAAGGAUACACCAUUCCUCUGGACAAACGUUUGGCUGCAGAUGGUAGAGGGUUACAAACUGUUCAUAUCAAUGAAAACUUUGCCAAGCUGGCUGAGGCACUCUACAUCGCUGACAGAAAGGCCAGAGAGGCAGUGGAGAUGCGAGCCCAGGUAGAGAAGAAGAUGGCCCAGAAGGAGAAGGAGAAGAAGGAGGAGAAACUGAGAGAGCUGGCCCAAAUGGCUAGAGACCGCAGGGCCGGGAUCAAAAGUCACGGGGACAAAGGUGGCGAGGACGGUGAGGCCAGAGAGCGCGAUGAGAUCCGCCAUGACAGAAGGAAAGAGAGACAGCACGACAGGAACAUUUCCAGGGCUGCUCCUGAUAAGAGGUCGAAGCUGCAGAGAGACCAAGAGAGGGAUAUCAGUGAGCUCAUCGCCCUGGGCAUGCCCAAUCCUCGUUCCUCCAGUGAGGCACAGUACGACCAGCGACUCUUCAAUCAGAGCAAGGGUAUGGAUAGUGGUUUUGCUGGCGGUGAGGAUGAGACAUACAAUGUGUACGACCAGCCGUUCCGCAGCGGCCGAGACAUGGCCUCAAACAUCUACAGGCCCAGCAAGAAUAUAGACAAGGAUGCCUACGCUGAUGACUUUGACUCAAUUAUGCACAACAACAGGUUUGUUCCAGACAAAGAGUUCUCAGGUGCCGACCAUGGUCAGAGACGGGAAGGACCGGUCCAGUUUGAGGAGGAUCCCUUUGGUCUGGACAAGUUCUUGGAACAAGCCAAGCAGCACGGUGGCUCCAAAAGGCCCUCCACCAGUAGCCGCUCAAAGGAUGACUACCAUGACAAGAAGCGCAGGAAGGAGUGAGGGUGCCUGGGCACCCAUUCGAUUCAAGACAGUUGAUAAGAGGUGGUUUAUUCAAGUCUCUGUCAAGAAUGAUCGGGUGAUUUGUUGUCUUUCAGUUGAAAGAAGGUGCAAGACGCUCUCUUUUUCCUCCUGUUUUCGCAUUUGUGGCUUACUUGGCGCCAUUCAGAACAUGUUGAGCAUUUAUGCUGAAUACAACAUGAAUUAACGUGUAAUAUGUAAAGUAAGUGGAGCUAAACCUACAGCUGUAUGUGUGAGUUCAGCCUCUGCAUCUGGAAACAUCUCUGCACAGUGCAGCCAAUGGCAUUUCAGACGUGGAUGGUAAUAUUUGGGACAUUUGCCCUGGAAAUAUGUAGAUUUUAGUUAUUGUCUCAUUUUUUUUAAGUUAGUGUUGUUGUUUUUUUUUUUUUAUAUGUAUAAAGACUAAACCCAACAAACUCAGCAGUGCUCAUAUUUACCUUUGUUAUAUUUUUACCCCAUAUUCCUAAUCCCCUUUGACUUUUUGUCAGCUGUGUGGUGUGGCUGGGAGCAUAGUUAUAGCCUAUGUUUGAUGGCAGAUAUGUAAAGUGAUAUAAACAAAGCAGCUUUAUAAUUCUUGUACAUUACUACCAAUGGAAUAAAUUUCAUAUAGUGUGUAA